AACCAACUUGUGGACAUGGGAGCAAAGGUUUCAAAAACUUUUAACAAACAAGUAACUCAUGUGGUGUUCAAAGAUGGAUACCAGAGCACUUGGGACAAAGCGCAGAAGAGAGGGGUGAAGCUUGUCUCGGUGCUCUGGGUCGAAAAAUGCAGGACAGCUGGAGUACAUAUUGAUGAAUCACUCUUCCCUGCAGCUAACACCAGGGAACACUUACCAAGCCUAAUUAAAAAAAAACGUAAGUGUAUGCAGCCCAAAGAUUUUAUUCCUAAAACGCCAGAACAUGAUAAAAGACUUCAGAAGAAAUUUCAGAAAAUGGCUACAGAGCUCCAGAGGCAAAAAACAACUCUGGAUAAUGAUGUCCCUGUUCUCUUAUUUGAAUCUAAUGGCUCAUUGGUGUACAGUCCCACAAUUAAAAUGUGCAGCGGCCAGCACAACACCAUGCAGAAGAGGUUACAGCAGAUGAAGGAGAAAAGGGAGAACCUGUCACCUACCUCUUCCCAGCUGCUUGAGAAGUCUCACGAUGACCCGUUUAAGUCCCCGUGUGAAGCUUGGAACAUUUCACGUGAUACUUUGUGUUCAGAUGAAUCCUUUGCUGGUGCUCUGGACUCAUCUUUUGACAAUCUUUCUGGAAACUCAGGGUGUGGAAGUCAGGAGAGGAGAGUGGGAGAAGUCGUUGACGAAAGUAGAAGUGGUGUGUGUGUUUCUUCACCUGCACUGAAGACCGGUAGUACCGGUAGUGUUCAUUCGUCGGCACCUGCUGGUCACCUCAGCCAGUUAACUCCUCAGAAUCCCUCGGGCCGUCUUUCAGAACAAGAAGUAAGUCGGCAGAGGGAUCCUGCGGGUGAAGCGGUCACCCCCGACACGUGGUCCGGGGGAGCACCCAGGGAGGUGUUUGGCAUGAAACACGGUCUGCCCCCUAUGUUAUCUGCGACAGAACACCACCCUUGGGGACAUUCACGAUCUGAGAGCUCCUCGGCGAAGAGAAGAAGAAAGUCUGAGAUCUCAGAUUCGUCCCCGACAGGAAGACUAAAGAAGAGAUGCCGCGGGAAACCCGGCAUGUCACAGGAGUGGCUCCUCGCGUCGGGGGACCGCUUGCACUUCGGGCCCGGGGCUGCUGCCCAGGCUCCUGGCUGCGGCGUGUCCUCGUACGACGAUUACUUUUCACCGGACAACCUCAAGGAGAGGAGCUCGGACAGUCUUCUCCCCGGGUGUCAGUCGUCAGCGGGCCCUGCUCUCUUCAUCUGCAGAGGCCUCUCUCGGGGGGAGAGAAGGAACAUACUGCAGACGUCUGACUUCUCCUGCAUUGGGAAAAAUCCCAGCCCAGCCCCCACGAGCGAUUUAACGGCACAAAGUCGCCGCAGUCUUGAGAAACCCACACGUGACAAAGCAAACGCAGCGUGGGCUUGCCUGGCCGCUGAGGAAACCGCAGGGAGUCGUCCGCAGGCUGGUGCUCAGAGAGGGGAGGGUACGCGCCCAGAUGGCGCAGACUCUCCGGUCCACGACGCACUGCCUGCUGCGGACGGGCUCGGCGGGAAAGGACCUGACGGGGACUCACGUCCCCUGGAAGGGGGCAGCGCGGAAGCCAGAGAGCUGAUGGGCGUGGGGAGCGUGCAGAAAGAAGACUGCCCUCGGACGAAGCGGGAGUCCUGCGGUGGAACGCAGCCUGACGACCGGCUGGGUUUUGCAGGCGACUGCACCGCGGACACCUCCGCCCAACAGAGGGAAGAUGUGUCCAGAGGAUGCAGUGAAAGUGUUAAAAACGGACCAGCAAGGCCUGAUGUGUUAGAUGGCUCAUUGGAGGGCUGUCAGGAUCUCGCCAGACCUCAUGAGAAAUCAAAGAAAAGAGGGAGAGGCCAAAAGCCAACAAGAACAUUAGUCAUGACAAGCAUGCCAUCUGAAACACAGAACAUCGUCAUCCAGGUUGUGAACACAUUGAAGGGCUUUUCACUUGCCCAGGAAGUGUGUGAAACUACUACCCAUGUGCUCGCCGGCAAGCCUCUGCGCACUCUGAAUGUGCUGCUGGGAAUUGCCCGUGGCUGCUGGGUUCUCUCUUAUGAGUGGGUACUGUGGUCUUUGGAGCUGGGUCAUUGGAUUUCCGAGGAGCCGUUUGAACUUUCUAACUACUUCCCCGCAGCUCCUCUCUGCCGCCUGGAGCGCCACUUAUCUGCGGGACAGUACCAGGGAACCCUGUUUGCCGACCAGCCUGUGAUGUUCAUCACCCCGGCCAGCAACCCCCCCAGAACCAAGCUAUGGGAACUGGUCGUCCUCUGUGGGGGUCAGAUCACGAGAAUCCCACGCCAGGCCGGCAUCUUCAUCGGACCCUCCCAAGGAAGGAGGAGGGCGACCGUCAAGUAUCUGUCAGAAACAUGGAUCUUAGAUUCCAUCACUCAGCACCAGGUCUGUGCCUCUGAAAACUACCUGUUGCUUCAGUGAUGGAGCCAUCAGUCAGCACAUGGCUACCGCCACCGGCUUGCAACGUUGUCUUUGGACAUUCAAAUGAGCAAACCCUGACGAGAAGGAAAGGACACAACACGAUGCCUUUUGACACCAUCACCUAUUUGCCUUGUGUGCCUUGUGGUUUUUACAUAAAGAAGCUCCUUUGUGUGACUUUCUGAUGACUGAAUGUGUUUUAAAGAAGCACUGCCAGCCUAUAGGGGCCUUUUCUGUAUAAUGCCAAUCUUAGUAUUGUGAUAACGAUCAUGAUUAAAAGCUCACAGAACCUUGGUCAUUAAAGCACCCAUAGUGGUAAAUAAAGACUGGGAAUUAAA